AUGGAAAAAUUUCGGCUGAUUAUCCAGGGCUAUUUGCACUGUUUGGAUCUUACUUCUUCGAAGAAUACGAGGAAGGCGAUGACAUGUGCAACUAUAUCGAUUACAUUGAAACGUAAUGAAAGCAAGAACGGAACUUUGCUUCGCCGAAAUUUAUUAAAUGAACUAAUGAAGCAAUUCUCGUUCUUUUCUGGACUUCUACAGUUCGAAGUAUUGGUUCUCCUAUUAAUAAUGCCGCAAGAGGCUAAGAUAGUAACAAAAACCAUGGUCUGA